CAACUCUCGCGUGUCAUUGACUUUUUUCCUGCGUGCUUCGGCUCUUUUGAAGCGUCAGAUUUCCACGAGGCUUUAAUCUGAGGAUUCAUCUUUUAUUUCACUUUCAGCUGCUGCGGUGAAUUCACGCGUCGCUUGUUUCCACGUCCGGCUGCUCGCUCUGCUAGCCCAAGCUAAGCUAGCAGCUAGCUAGCAAGCUGCUGGUAGCCAUGGCUGCUGUUAUCCUGAGUUUCCCCAGUCUGCAGAGUCUGAGGAUCUUUACCCAGAAGCUGUCAUGGUCCCGGAGCGGCGUGAGGCUGGUGUCAGGAGGAGUGCGGAGGAUCGAGAAGGUGCUGAUCGCCAACCGGGGAGAGAUCGCGUGUCGUGUGAUGCGCACGGCGAAGAAGAUGGGCGUCCGCUCUGUGGCGGUGUACAGUGACGCAGACAGAGACUCCAUGCACGUGGCCAUGGCAGAUGAAGCCUAUCACAUCGGUCCUCCGCCCUCCCAGCAGAGUUACCUCUCCAUGGAGAAAGUUUUGGAAGUGGCCAAGAAGUCUGGGUCACAUGCGGUCCACCCUGGAUAUGGCUUUCUAUCAGAAAGCACAGAGUUUGCAGAGGCAUGUAAACAGGAAGGCAUCAUCUUCAUCGGCCCUCCUUCGUCUGCCAUUCGAGACAUGGGCAUUAAGAGCACAUCAAAACACAUCAUGUCAGCUGCUGGAGUGCCAAUCAUUGGUGGUUACCAUGGAGAGGACCAAUCAAACGAGAGGCUCCAAGCGGAGGCUGUUCAGAUCGGAUACCCUGUGAUGAUUAAAGCCGUGCGUGGAGGAGGAGGGAAGGGAAUGCGUAUUGCACUCACAGACUCAGAAUUCUUAGAGCAGCUGGAGUCUGCAAGACGAGAAGCCAGAAAGUCCUUCAACGAUGACGUCAUGCUGAUUGAGAAGUUUGUAGAGGACCCCAGACACGUGGAGGUUCAGGUGUUCGGGGACACGCACGGUAACGCCGUCUAUCUGUUUGAGAGAGACUGCAGCGUCCAGAGGAGACAUCAGAAGAUCAUAGAGGAGGCACCGGGGCCUGGGAUUAGUCCGGAGGUUCGGAGAAAACUCGGAGAAGCAGCAGUCCGUGCAGCCAAAGCUGUGAACUAUGUAGGAGCAGGUACGGUGGAGUUUAUAAUGGAUGCCAAUCAUAACUUCUACUUCAUGGAGAUGAACACCAGGCUGCAGGUGGAACAUCCCGUCUCUGAGAUGAUCACCGGAACCGACCUGGUGGAGUGGCAGCUCAGGGUGGCAGCAGGGGAGCGUCUGCCUCUCCUCCAGGAUGACAUCAUCCUCGGGGGUCACUCAUUCGAGGCGCGGAUCUACGCCGAAGACCCAAACAACGACUUCCUCCCGGGGGCGGGGCCUCUGCUGCAUCUCUCCACCCCCCCACCGGACCAACACACCCGCAUAGAGACCGGAGUCCGGGAAGGGGACGAGGUGUCGGCUCAUUAUGACCCAAUGAUCGCUAAGCUGGUGGUUUGGGGGAAGGACCGACCAGCUGCCUUGAAGAAGCUGCGUUACUGCUUAAGACAAUAUAACAUCGUAGGACUGAACACGAACAUAGAGUUUCUGCUGAGUCUCUCGGGACACCCUGAGUUUGAGGCUGGGAACGUGACCACCAGCUUCAUCCCCCAGCACUACGCCGACCUGUUCCCCGCUCCCAGAGCUCCCACUGGGGAAACCAUCUGCCAGGCCGCCCUGGGACUGGUGCUGCAGGAGAGGAAACACACACAGGAGUUCACACAAACAUCCACAGAUCCCUUCUCUCCAUUUGGCUCGAGCAGCGGCUGGAGAAGCAACAUUCAGUUUAACAGAAAUAUGACGCUGCAGGUUGGAGACAAAAAAGUUGAUGUGGUGAUCACGUAUAACAAAGAUGGAAGCUAUAAUAUGCAGAUUGGCGAGGAGUCAUACCAUGUGACCGGAGAGGUGGAGUUGGAGGGCGGAGCUUCGUUCCUUCACUGUUCUGUCAACGGAGAGAAGUCUCGUCCCAAACUGGUGAUACUGGAAAACACGGUUCACCUGUUCUCUACGGAGGGAACUUCCCAGGUGUCCGUCCCGGUGCCCAAGUAUCUGGCCGGUGUGAGCGGCUCUGGGGCCCAGGGCGGGGCCGUGGCCCCCAUGACGGGAACCAUAGAGAAGGUGCUGGUGAAGGUCGGAGACACAGUGGCGGUGGGAGACGCGCUGAUGGUGAUGAACGCCAUGAAGAUGGAGCACACGAUCCGGGCGCCGAAGGCCGGCGUGAUCAAGAAGGUUUUCUUCAUCGAAGGUUCUCAGGCCAAUCGCCACGCUCCUCUGGUGGAGUUUGAGGAGGAGGAGGAGGAGGAGGGGGGGGAGGAGAAGGAGGGAAGCAGCCAGUGAAUUCAACAACCACAAACACACACAGGCAGGAAGGAGAGAGACGGAGCUAGUUACUGUGACAUCAAGAGCGUCCCCGUCAGGACGUGAGUUACCUGAUUGGUCCGGUUCAGUCUGGAAUGGAUCGAAGCCUCGAACACAAAGAGACCAGACGUGUUCCUGAGUUGAACUCGAGUCACCGACUGUGAAUAAAGAUGGACGACGACGUCUCUUCAUCUUCUCGCUGAACAAAGACGAAGCUGAAUUAUCAUAGUCUGCGCUGUAGCGACCGACCAAUCGUGAGUCAGUCUCAGCUGUCAAUCAUCUUCAUCCUGUUUUUUGUUAUUUUUAUAGCAUCAAAUAAAACUAAACUUAACAAACACUGAAUUAUUGUCUAGAUGGUCCAUGUCCCACUUAUGGGGACAGGAUGGGGUUUAGAUCCUGUACUGUAGCCAGCCACCAGGGGGCGGUAUAGAUAAUUUGGCUUCACUUUCAUGUCGUCCAUCCUCAUUUACAGUCAAUGAUAAACACCACAGAGAUCUUUAAUGUGCAGUUGCCUUUCACAGCCGAGUUUUGACUGUUGUUUGUUUCUUCUCUUUUCUUUCUUGUAUUUAUUCAGUUUCUUUCCUCUGUGUUGUUUUCUUUUGGUUUCUGUUCUGGGAGUUGUGUUGUCUUUGUUCUGCACAGUUUGAGGGACCUCUGGGCUGAAGACACACAAUGUCAGGUCUCGUUUUUCUGCUUCAUACACAAACACAUGUGGAGCAACUGAGCUAAACACUAAAACACAAAGUUUGAGUUAGAAGAUGAGAAAUGUGACACACAACUGUCUUUAGCCGAUCAGGGUCAGUUUCUGAAAUCUAGAGGAACAAAUAUUCAAACUGAAUUUAACGACCAUGGAUUUAUUAUCACUGCUCAGUGGAAACUAUCUUUAAAGUUCACUGGAUUGAUUUUCCUCUUUUUUUUUUUUUUAAUGAGUUGAAGUUGUGUCAAACAGGACAGAAUUUAAUUGUCACUAAAAACUGUUAUUUUUUAAAAUUGUGUGGUUUUCAGUGAGCUUGAUAAAGACAGAAACUUGGUGUGAACACUCACUUUAGUUAUUUUAUUGUGGGGAAAACGUUUCAUGAGGUUUGUCUUUCAUCUUCUGUUCUUCCAGACUGAAUCAGAUCUUGUAUCAUGGCUGAGCAGAGUUAAAACCUCUUGAGGAGAAAGACCUGAUGAAAGAAGAGGCAGAAAAACACUCCAGAGAUAAAUGAGCUGCUUCCUUCAGUGUCUUUGUUUCCAGGCUCAUAAUAAUAAACCUGAAAGAAUGAAAUGUCGGUCGCAGGAUUUAAACCGAUGUUUGCUUUUGUGUGAAUCAAACCAACAAGACGACGUGUUCCUCUGUUCGUCACUAACGUUACUAACCGUGUGUUCUGGGGCCUUGUAGAGUAAAAUUAAUAUUGUAGAUAAAUGAGGUGAUUUCAAAAGAAAGAUGAUUGUAGAAACUGGAUCUGAUUCUGUAAUAAAGAUUUGUUAAAGUAAA